CCCUUUUUUCUUAUAUCAUGGAUACAGCAAACCAUAACGUAUUACAGUUUGUGUCUGCUGCUGCUCAAGUUGUAAUUUGAGACACAAGAAGUAGAAGAUAUGAAAGGCUCCACAAGUGAUCUACGCCAUUCAACAGAAGCCUUGUUAAGUGCUUGGGAUCUUCCAGAUGACCAAGAUGGCAUAGUAGAACAAGAUACCAACUUGAUAUCUGAUAAACCAGAUCAAAUACGCCAAUUACUUGCUGAAGCAACAGGUGCAAAAAUAGAAGAAGAACCUAUCUAUCCUACUGCAGCUACGACCCUUUUAUCAGCACAUGAUCCCACGAUAGAAGAUAAACUAAAGGCUGUAUUCCAUCUUCCUAAAAAAGAAGCAUUAAAAGGAGAAUGGCCUUGUUAUAUUGUUCAAUCGGCUAUUGUGCCUGGAUUUAUGUAUUUAACUGAAAAUCAUAUCUGCUUUUAUGCUUCACUACCUAAAAACCAAAUUGCAUUUCAUAAGUCAGGUUAUUUACUGCUCAAAAAGUCUGGCAAGAAAAAAAGCAACUAUGAGCGGUUUUAUUUUGAUAUUCAUGAGGAUGUCUUGUCUUGGUACGAAAAUGCAUCCGAUGCCUAUUCCCCGCUCGGCAAAAUUGACUUGAAGAAUGCCAUCGCCAUACGACACUCGAGUAAAAGAAAGCAUGGAUUUAGAAUGGUCACUAUGAACAAGACAUGGCAUUUACAGGCAGAUACUCAGGCUGCUCUAAUGGAAUGGACAAACGCACUACAAAAGGCAAUCUUUAGGGCUAAAAACAAUGGCAACAGCUUGAAGAUCACAUUGCCUUUUGAGAAUGUGUUGGGUAUUGAACAAACAGAAGCUUUUGAGUUCCAAAGAUUUCUAGAGAUCAAAGCCGUUGGUAUUGACGAUAGUUUUGUGAUGGACGAAUAUUACUUUGCUUAUUUUGCAGAUAUUGAACAAACAUUCAAAAGCCUAAGAUCAACGUGGGAAGGUGUGUGUGCUCGAGACAGAUUGUAUACUCGGUCCUCAGACCAAGAAUCCAACAGUAAUUCACCCUCGCUCUCUAUCUCUGACCUAUACGAUGCUGAUGCUCAACCCAUUACCAUACCCGCCAUAUCCAGCAAGCCUCCUUCUUUUUUGGAAAAGAGAUCCAAUUCGAUGAUAGCCAAUGCUAUUAAAGACUUUAUCUACCCCUCUACUUCAACCAAGACUGUAGAAGAGGAUACUUCGAGUUCAGAGGAUGAAGAAGAAGCUUCAGCUGGAUGGUUGGAUGGUAAACGUAAAUCAGGCAUGAAGCUUGUGUAUGGGCUAUUAGGAGGAAACGCAGUCAUGGGAAGUCCGUUUACUGCUCUUGAGGAAAACGAUGAAGACGAAGAAUCACCACUGGAUAAGAUGAGUGAGGAGGCAGAAGUAUUGGAUGAUCGAACCAUGACUAAUUUCAAAAAAUACUUUGUCUUGCCUGAAUCGGAGAAGCUAAUGGCUGUCUAUCGUUGCUCACUUGUCAAGACAUUGCCUUGUUAUGGAAAACUAUACAUAUCUUCAAAUCACAUCUCGUUUAAUUCAAAAGGAUUCGCAACGAGAGCUAAGAUGAUUGUUCCUUUUCAAGAUGUGAUAAGAGUACAGAAACUAAGAAGUCGAGGCUACUUGUUCCACUCACUCAGUAUCUUGACACAGACAAAGAAAGAGAUUUAUUUAGAAUUCUCUUCUAUCAGACGACGCAACAGUUGUUUUGCAAAACUGUUUCUACAGCAAAAACGAGCGCUUGAAUCACACACGGAACCUGAUAUUGCUGAGCAGAAAAUCAAAGACUGGGAAGCUCGUCUGAUGGAAGAUGAACAUAAAGAGGCAGUAGGCCGUGUAGCUGUCCCGAAAGACGCAAAUUUGCCUGUACUUUCUCGAUCUUCCAGUGAGACAAUUGUGUACAAAAAGCCUGAUAAAUCACUUUUCUUUACUUGUAUUACUAUUGGUACUCGAGGGGAUGUACAGCCAUACAUUGCUUUAUGUAAAGGAUUGAUGAAAGAAGGUCAUCGUUGUAGGAUUGCUACUCAUGAUGAAUUUAAAGACUGGAUAGAAGAACAUGAUAUUGAGUUUAGGACAAUUGGUGGAGACCCAAGUGAAUUAAUGAGAAUCUGUGUUGAAAACAAUUUUUUCAGUGUGAAUUUUGUGGUAGAAGGGCUAAGAUUAUUUAAAGACUGGAUUGACGAAUUGCUUACACUUUCAUGGAAAGCAGUACAAGGUUCGGAUGUGAUUAUUGAGAGUCCUAGUGCUAUGAUUGGCGUCCAUAUGGCAGAAGCAUUGGCUGUUCCUUACUUCAGGUCAUUUCCUAUGCCCAUGACACGCACAAGAUCAUUUCCUCACCCAUUUGCAACCCCCAAUCAUCCAAAAGGCCGAUUAUACAACGACAUGACGUAUGUCUUAUUUGACCAUGCGAUCUGGAGAGCCAUUGCAGGAAGAACCAAUUCGUUCCGACAAAAUGUCCUCGGUAUCCCUCCUACGAGUUACGAGAAGCUGCAGGUAUGGAAGAUUCCUUACUUGUAUUCUUUUAGCCCAAGCAUUGUACCCAGUCCGUUAGACUGGCUUGAUUGGAUCCAUUGUACUGGUUAUUGGUUUCUCGAUAACCCACAAACUGGUUGGACGCCUGAUCCCCCGUUGAAAUCGUUCAUUGAGGCACAGGACAGUCGCCCCAUUGUCUAUAUAGGUUUUGGCUCAAUUAUCGUCUCAGACCCUGUAGAAAUGACACGUAUCAUUGUUGAAUCUGUCUUGUUAUCGAACGUAAGAGCCAUUGUAUCUCGAGGAUGGUCUUCUCGACUACAAAAAGGAAUCAAAGUCGAAGAUGACAUGUUGACACACCACGCAGACACUAUCCUCAGCGUCCACUCGGUACCUCACGACUGGUUGUUUCCCAAGAUACGCGCUGUCAUUCAUCAUGGAGGCGCAGGCACCACGGCCGCUGGUCUUCGCGCAGGUCGACCUACGAUCAUUAAGCCGUUUUUUGCAGACCAGUUCUUUUGGGGUGAGCGUGUCCAAGAAAUGGGUAUUGGGCGAUGUAUAAAGCAAUUGACGGUCGAGUCUUUGUCGGCUGCUUUACGUGUGGUUUCAACAGAUGAACAUAUGCUCAAGAUAGCAAAUCGUGUAGGUGAAAAGAUUCGGUCUGAAACAGGUGUGGAGACAGCCAUCCAGUGUAUUUAUCGAGACAUGGAGCUUGCUAAAGCCAGAACCUUGUCGUCUAUUCAAAAGACAGCAACUCAGACACAGGACGAUGUUAUGCCUGCUAAUAUGGCAGAAGAGGAUCAAGAAUGGACUAUCAUUGAAGAGACGGCGUCUGGAUCUAUAUCGCCAGGUUCUUGGAAGCUCAGAGAUAUUUAGUAUAGCAAUAUGUUGCUUUAGUUUAUCUGUUUUUUUAAGCAUCAAUAAAUGUAGGAAAGAGUCAUGUCUACGAUAGUUUUGACAGUUUUAAUUGAG